AUGGAGGUGGUCGUCCGAACCGUAAAUUUCAUCCGAUCCAGAGGCCUGAAUCAUCGUCAGUUUGACAGCCAUCUUAGAGAGAAAGACCACAACUAUGGCCUGCCAGACCACACCGAGGUAAGAUGGUUAAGUCAAGGUGCUGUGCUGAGGCGCUUCUUUGAUUUAAGAGAGGAAAUCAAACAGUUCAUGGAAAAAAAGGGCAAACCAGUGUUAGAAUUUAAGUCAACAGAAUGGAUGCAGGGCCUUGCAUUUAUAGUGGAUGUUACAGAGCACCUGAAUAACUUGAACAAAAUGCUGCAAGGGCGCAGCAAAGUUGUCACGCAGUACUGUGACAACAUAUGUGCAUUCAAAUUGAAGUUGUCAUUGUGGGAGACACAACUCGCGGGUGGUGAUGCUGCUCACUUUCCUUGUCUGAAAGAUGUGUGCGCGACCCAACAUGCCGCAGACAUGAGGCGGUUUAAAGAUAAAAUAACGGGACUAUUGCGGGAGUUUGAGCAACGCUUUCAGAUUUUUGGUGAACUGGAGAAAGACUUCAAAGUUUUUUGCUCGCCAUUCACCGUAAAUGCCUCUGAUCUGCCCGUCAACAUCCAACUAGAAAUAAUAGACUUGCAGUGUGUCUCAGAUUUGAAGGGCAAGUUUGCCGCAGCUGGCUUGGACACGUUUUACCAGCAUCUCUUGCCAAGUUACCCCAACUUGACAGCCCUUGCUGCAAAAGUGUUGUGCAUUUUGGAACCACAUAUCUUUGUAAGCAAGUAUUUUCUGUAA